CGCAGCAACAGCACCCUCUUGCCAUCUGGGAGAGUUUUGUGUGUUGGGUCCCGACUUGCUAUUGUCUCGCUUUGUUCUUGGGUUUAAUAGCCGUUUUUUAUCUGCAUUCAUUUCGGUGUCUUUUAUGAAUAAUCAAAAGCAGCAAAAGCCAACGCUUACCGGCCAGCGUUUUAAAACUCGCAAAAGAGAUGAAAAGGAGAGAUUUGACCCUACUCAGUUUCAAGAAAGUAUCGUUCAAGGCUUGAACCAAACUGGCAGUGAUUUGGAAGCGGUUGCGAAGUUCCUUGAUGCCUCUGGCGCCAAACUUGACUACCGCCGGUAUGCUGAGACCCUCUUCGACAUCCUGGUGGCUGGAGGAAUGCUGGCCCCAGGAGGGACCUUAUCGGAUGACAUGACCCGUACCGAGUACUGCCUCUUCACGGCGAGUGAAGACCUGGAGACCAUGCAGGCUUACGCUCAGGUUUUUAACAAGCUGAUCAGGCGUUACAAGUACCUGGAGAAAGGUUUUGAAGAAGAGAUCAAGAAGCUGCUGCUGUUUUUAAAAGGGUUCACAGAGUCGGAGAGGAAUAAGUUGGCCAUGCUAACCGGGAUCCUGCUGGCCAAUGGCAAUAUAUCGGCCUCUAUCCUGAGCAGCCUUUUCAAUGAGAACUUGGUCAAGGAAGGUGUGUCCGCUGCCUUCGCUGUCAAACUGUUCAAAUCUUGGAUCAAUGAAAAAGACAUCAACUCAGUUGCUGCUAGCCUGCGCAAAGUUGGCAUGGACAAUAGACUGAUGGAGCUGUUCCCUGCCAACAAGCGCAGCUGCGAACACUUCUCGAAAUAUUUCACCGACGCCGGGCUUAAGGAGCUCUCGGACUUUGCGCGUAACCAGCAGUCCAUUGGAGCUCGCAAAGAGCUUCAGAAAGAACUGCAGGAGCUGAUGUCCCGCGGCGAGACCCUUAAAGAUAUCAUUGCCUAUGUUCGUGAGGAGAUGAAGAAGACCAGCAUCUCAGAGCAGACAAUGAUCGGCAUCGUGUGGACCAGCGUCAUGAGCUCCGUUGAGUGGAAUAAAAAGGAGGAGCUCGUCACGGAGCAAGCCAUCAAACUCUUGAAGCAAUACAGCCCUCUGCUGAAGGCCUUCACUUCCCAGGGCCUGUCCGAGCUCACGCUCCUGUUGAAGAUCCAGGAGUACUGCUACGACAACAUCCACUUCAUGAAGGCCUUCCAGAAGAUCGUGGUGCUUCUUUACAAAGCUGAUGUUUUAAGUGAGGAGGUCAUUUUGAAGUGGUACACAGAAGGCCACAUGGCCAAAGGAAAGAGCGUCUUCCUCGAGCAGAUGAAAAAGUUUGUGGAAUGGCUUAAAAACGCUGAAGAGGAGUCUGAAUCCGAGGAAGAGGAAGCAGACUAAACAUCACGUCAGCAGAAUGUUUUUGUUACAGAAGUGCUCGUCUAAUUUCGCCCCUUUAUUUUCCCUUUUUUUCACCCCCAAUUCUACCUCCUGUUUUUCAAACCAUAACAUUUAGAUGUCAUUUAAGGGCUUUAUAACAAAUGGUUAAUUUUAACAGGUUUUUCUAAUAUUAAGGUUUACACUUAAAAUAGCACAAAAGUUGUGGUCAACCUUUGUAAUUAUUUACUCACUCAAGGAACUUUUAAGUGUUGACAAACAUCUUAAAUUAUUGUUAUUUGAUUAUAAUGAUUUGUUAAAGAAUUGACAUUCCAUUGAAUUAGAUCAGGCUGCCUUGUUUUGCUUUUAAGACGCCCUUUUCUAUUAUGGUAUUGAUGCCUUCAUGCCCCGUCAUGAUCAGUGUUUGCAAAGGGGAAAACACGAUAAACAUUUCUCAUUGUGAUGUUCUUGCCAAAGGUUCGAGUCUUGCUCUCAUGACAUCAGCGUUCUGUUCCCUCUUUAAGAAACUGUACAGUGCUAAAGACCCUUAAAUGACUCCUGACCUCUCUGAUGUAUCUCCAUCUUGUCACCGAUUUCUUUGAAUCUAAGUAACAUUGAAUUUUUUUUAAGAAAUAAAGAAUUAGAACUAUA